AUGGAGCUAGACACGGGAUCAGCUGUUACAAUCAUUCCGAAAUCAAAACUAGAUGAACAUUUCUCAGCAUACAGCCUGAAGGAUACAAAUGUGAGACUCAAAACCUACUCUGGAGAACAGAUCAGACCGCUUGGUACUGUCAAGUUUAAUGUUAACCUACAUGAUCAGACAAAACAACUGGAUGUUUAUGCUGUGGCACAAAAUGGCCCUACAUUAUUUGGACGUGACUGGUUGAAACAACUCAAACUGGAUUGGCACGAGGUCAAGAUUAACUGGGUCAAGUCUAAUCCUACUUUGGACACCAAUACUCAGUUGAAGUCCAUGCUAAAAAACUAUUCGGAAAUAUUUUCUGAAGGAAUAGGGAAACUGAAAGGUACUGUGGCUAAACUAUCACUUGUCGACAACACACACCCAAAAUUUGUCAAGGCAAGACAAGUACCAUAUGCGUUGAAACCAAAAGUAGAGGAGGAACUUGAACGUCUUCAAAACGAAGGGAUUAUCUCCCCUAUCGAGUUUUCAGAUUGGGCAACCCCAAUUGUACCAGUAGUAAAGUCAAGUGGUCGGAUCAGGGUCUGUGGGGAUUACAAAGUGACACUAAACCCUGUUAUGAACAUUGAACAGUACCCUCUCCCCAGGAUAGAAGAUAUAUUCGCAUCUUUAUCUGGUGGAAAGAAGUUUACAAAAAUAGACUUAACACAGGCCUACUUACAAAUGGAAGUUGACAACACUACCAGUGAAUUACUCACAAUAAAUACUCACAAGGGACUAUUCCGAUACAACAGAUUGCCAUUCGGAAUAGCCUCUGCACCCGCAAUCUGGCAAAGAGCUAUGGACCAGUUACUCCAAGACAUUCCAUACACAAACUGUAUCCUGGACGACAUGAUCAUCACAGGGAGAAAUGAUAGUGAACAUUUACAGAACUUAAAUACUGUGCUGGAAAGAUUAUCGAAACACGGGUUACGUGCUAAUCUGGAGAAGUGCCAAUUCUUCCAAGACAAAAUUAACUACUGUGGUCAUGAGAUAGAUGAAAAGGGACUACACAAAUCUGCGGACAAAGUGAAAGCUGUGGUAGAUGCUCCACGACCUGAGAACGUAUCACAAGUUAGGUCGUUUCUUGGACUUGUUAACUACUACCACCGGUUCAUACCUAACCUAGCAACCAUCAUUGCCCCAUUGAACAAUCUCCUUGGAAACGACGCUGAUGGAUGGAAAUGGUCAGAACAGUGUGAGGAAGCUUUCACUAAGGUUAAGGAACUUAUCGUGUUAGAUGAAGUACUUUGUCAUUAUGACCCUGACUUGCCUGUCCGUCUGGCAAGCGACGCUUCACCUUAUGGCCUUGGAUGUGUCUUAUCACAUGUAUUCAAGAAUGGGUCCGAACGUCCGAUCGCCUUUGCAUCAAGGUCACUGUCAAAAAGUGAACGUGCGUAUUCUCAGAUUGAUAAAGAGGCAUUAGGAAUCUUUUGGAGUGUGCAGAAAUUCCACACCUACCUCUAUGGUCGACACUUUACACUCAUCACUGACCAUAAACCUCUAGUAAGAAUAUUUCACCCUGAAAAAUCCGUACCAACAAUGACCGCGUCACGUCUCCAAAGAUACGCUAUUUACUUAGCUGGACAUAAUUACGAGAUUAUAUAUCGAAACACACAUGACCAUGGCAACGCCGACGCACUUUCUCGUCUACCACUGACGUCACAAAAAGAGGAACCUCCAGACCCUGACGCAAUCUUCUAUACAACACAAGUUGAGAAACUACCCGUCUCUGAAACACAGAUUCGUCGAGAUACCAGCCGUCAUCCUAUCUUAUCUCAGGUACUAGACUUGGUAAAUCAAGGUCAAUCGUUACCCAAAAGUGAGUCAUUCAAACCUUACAAAAACAGACAACAAGAACUUACCUCACACCAAGGUUGCCUUAUGUUUGGCAAUAGAGUCGUUAUACCCCCCUCACUUCGUGACAAGGUCCUUGAGGGGCAUGCAGGAAUUGUGCGGACUAAAUCAUUAGCCAGAUCUUAUGUUUGGUGGCCUGGCAUUGACUCUGAUAUCGAAAACCAGUGUGCUACGUGCUCCGAGUGCCAGCAUCACUUAGCGAAACCAAAAACAGCACCAGUACAUCCCUGGGACUUCCCAUCAUCACCAUGGGAACGGUUACAUGCAGAUUUUGCCGGACCUUUUAAAGGACAUAUGUACUUAAUACUGGUUGAUGCUCAUUCGAAAUGGCCAGAAGUUGUCAGAAUGGCCUCUACAACAUCUAGUCACACUAUUGAUGUCUUACGGAACACCUUUGCACGAUACGGUUUACCAAAACAGUUGGUGACUGAUAAUGGACCUCAGUUUGUUUCUGAAGAGUUUAAAGAUUUCCUACAGGGAAAUGGUAUCAAACACAUUACCUCUUCACCUUAUCAUCCCCGUACCAACGGACUUGCCGAACGAUUUGUGCAAAGCUUCAAAAACGCUAUGAGGAAGGAAGGAAAACCCUUACACCAACGACUUAGCACGUUUCUGUGUCUCUACAGAAAUACUCCACAUACCACUACAGGUGAGACCCCUGCCAAACUCUUGCUUGGUAGAAAUCUUCGUACCCGACUGGACAUACUUAAGCCGGAUAUGACACAGCGUGUGGAAAGGAACCAGGAAAAGAUGAAACUUUCCAAACAUACAGGAAGUGAAGUCCGAAACUUCACUACAGGACAAACAGUCAUGGUCCAGGACUACCGUGGAAAUCUACCAUGGGUCCGUGCCACAAUCCAUUCUCAACUGGGCCCGCUCUCAUAUAAAGUGGAGACCGUAGAAGGAUCAAUAUGGCGUCGACAUGUCGAUCAAAUGCGAUCUACCUCGGUACAAUGUCGUGAAGAAAUGUCUCGCAUGGAUUACCCGAUCGUGACACAGAGUACUACUACUAGUGUACCCAUGAGUGUAGAGAGUCCAACACAGAUCUCUGCUAAGAAUACGGAAACUACUAGUACUGUGGACCCAACCCCAGUAAAGGCGCGUGUUACUAACAGGGAACCCUUGGAGACGAAGCCUCAGCAGGCACCCAGGUAUCCGACAAGGGAGCGGCGAGCACCAAAGAGACUAGACCUAUAA